AUAUCAAUAAAAUGAUGCUCUUUGUUUCAUAAUUUUCACUCAUUUUUAUGGUUUUUCACAGAGACAAAAAAAGAUGGUCUCUCUUGACCUCUUUGCUUAACAACACUUAUCAUCGGAGACAAAACAAAAGUUUUAAGGGGAAAUUUGGAGAUUUUGUGACCAAAAUGGAAGCAAAUGAAGCAGGGGAGUCAUUUUUCACAACAAAGCUAUUUGGUCAAGAAACCAAGAGAACGUGUGAAAGAAUUUGGAGAUGCUUAAAGAAAGACAAAGUUACAAGCAUUGGUAUAUAUGGAGUUAAAGGGGUUGGAAAAACAACCUUAGCCAAGCUAAUAAAUCAUCUUCUCCAACAAAAAACUCAAUACCAAGUUUUUUGGAUAAACAUUUCUCAAGAAAGCAGCAUCAGGGAAUUACAAAGUGAUAUUGCUGCAGCAAUUGGAUUGGAUCUUUUAGAGGAAGAAGAUGAAGAGAAGAGAGCGACAGCGUUACACGACUCGUUCAAAGGGAAAAAAGAUUUUGUUCUAAUAUUGGAUGAUGUAUUGGAAGAUAUACCUUUAAAGAUGUUAGGAAAUCCUUUAAAAGUUGAAGGGGGAAGGUUGAUAGUAACAAGUUGUUUGCUCGAAACGUGUCGAAAAAUGGGAUGUCAAAGGAAAUUUGGAGUGAAAAAACUAGAAGAAGAAGAAUCUUGGAGCUUUUUUAUAGAAAAACUUGGAAAUGAGAAAGUAGUAAUUCAUCAAGAAGUAGAAGGAAUGGCGAAGUCUGUAGUAAAUAGUUGUGGUGGCCUUCCACUUAGGAUAAUUACAAUAGCUAAAAGCCUAAAAGGGUUGGAAUUGGAUGGUGUUAAUCAAUGGAAAAAGGCCUUGGAAAAUAUUAUUCAAGAAUCUUUAAAAGGGGAAAACAAUGAUGUUAUAGAAAUGUUGCUAUAUAGUUUUAAUUGUUUGAAGGAACAAAACUUACAACAAUGUUUCUUGUAUUGUUGUUUGUAUCCAGAAGAUGAGAAAAUUCCAAAGGAUAAAUUGAUAAGUAGGUUCAUUUUAGAGGGACUAAUCGAUACAAAAGAGACUCGCGAGGCAGAGUUUGAGGAGGGAUAUGAGAUAUUGAGCAGAUUGGAAAGUGUUUGUUUGUUGGAAAAUGCCAUAGAUAACAAAGGUAAUCAAUGUGUGAAAAUGCACAAUUUGAUUAGAGAAAUGGCACUGAGGAUCACUAAUGAAAAUCCCAAGUUUAUGGUAAAAGCUGGAGUUCAAUUGAAUGAUGCACCAAAGGAAGAUGAAUGGCUGGAAAGUUUGGACAAGGCAUCGCUAAUGAGGAACGAGAUAGCUGAAAUUCCAGCAGGAACAUCAGCUAAGUGUCCUAGGCUGACAACCUUGAUGUUGCAGCAGAAUUAUCACUUGUUGAAAAUUCCAGAUUCUUUCUUCGAGCACAUGAAGGCGUUACGUGUUCUUGAUUUAGGUUACACUUGCAUUGAGAAGUUGCCUGAUUCUGUAUCAGACUUGGAAAAUCUCACUGCUCUCUUGCUUGCAUUUUGUUGGAACCUAAGGUCAAUGCCAACCUUGGAAAAACUCGAGGCUUUGCAAGAAUUGGACUUGAGUGGCACUGGGAUUCAGACUCUGCCAGUAGCCCUUGAGACUUUGUUGAACCUCAAAUGCCUUAAUUUGCAUGCAAUGCGUUGGCUCGAGAAAAUACCAAUUGGGAUAUUGCCUCAAAUCUCCUCUCUCCAAUGCCUAGUGUUAUCGCAUCAUAUAGACGUAGAAGGUGAGGAACUAGAGGAGCUAAAAGAGUUGGAAGAAUUUCAAGGUAGGUUCUCUAAUGUUCAAGAUUUCAACCAAUUCAUUAAUGCUCAAGAAAAUGAGGGAUGUCUUAGGUUUUAUAGAAUAUUAGUAGGUCAAUAUGAUGGUUUAGGACCAAUGACACAAAUCCAAUUCAAUCAUAACAGAUUUUCUGAUAAAUUAGUCAAGUGUUAUGGACUUGGGAAAGAAGAUGAAGUGUUAUUGCUUCCACAGGAUAUUGAGCAUUUGAAAAUUGAGAGCUGCAAUAACUUCAGUGGCUGUCUUUCAGAACAUUUGCCCCGUCUUUAUGAUUCUAAAGAUUUAAAGUACUUCAAAGUUCGUUGGUGCAACAAACUGGAGUACCUCAUGAGGAUAGAAGUGAGCGAAGAAUCUGUCAUAUUUCAUUCUCUCGAGCAUCUUGAUCUUCUUGAAUUGCAUAGUUUUGUUGGUAUAUUUGAUGACUGGAAAACAAGUUUAAGAGCUUCAAUUUCAGUAAGUAUCUUUUCUUGCCUUAGAAUGAUACGAAUCGAGAGAUGUCACAGUAUCAAGAAGCUAUUUCCAAUUGGUUUAUGCUCAAACAUGCAAAAUCUUGAGAGAAUAUAUGUCCUCUCCUGUAGUCAAAUAGAGGAAAUAAUUGCAGAUGAAAAUGAUGGAAUCGUCGUCCUUCCUACAUUGACGAGGAUUUACUUAUGGUCUUUGCCUGAAUUGAAAAGCAUAUGCAAUGGAAAAAUGGAUUGUAACUCAAUCAAGAAAGUGUCAAUAAAGGAAUGUGGUAAGUUAAGGAAAUUGCCUUUCUUUUUUUCUUCCCAAGAAGAAGAUGAGAAAUUUACCAUUCCUUCAACUCUUAAAGAAAUUGCUAUACAUUCAAGUGAUAAAGAAUGGUGGGAAUCUUUGGAAUGGGAUAAUCCAAACACCAGAAAUGAGCUUCAGCCCUUUGUUAAAUAUUGGUAAGUAUUGUGUCUUAUGUUCUUGAUUGAGACAACUCAAUAAGUUAAGUAAUAUUUAUUCUGCCUAUGACUCCAAAUGCUUUUUUCCCUUUUGUCAGCUUCCAUAGUUGAGGCUGAAUUCUUGUUGUUGUAAUUCCUGUAACAAUGUUUUGAUUUGAUAAUUCCUGCUGAUUUUUCA